AUGUCUUCGAGCCCCACUGCGCCAAGCGAAAAAGUCGAUCAGCAGCACCUCGAGAAAGCUCACGUUGAGCAGUUCGAGACGAGGAGGUACCCACCUGACUUCGAGGCCGAGGUAGCCAAGAACCACAUCCCACUACGGGGGAGACUGCUUACUGCGGGCCUUGCGUUCAUCGCAGGCACCGGCUUCACACUCUUCGGGUAUGACCAGGGCGUUAUGUCGUCACUCUUGACAGGGAACCAAUUUGAGGCACAGUUUCCGCAAGUCGUCGUCGAGUCCAGUCAUCCAAACCAUGCAACCCUUCAGAGCUUCAUCAUCGCCAUAUACGAAGUUGGGUGUCUUGCCGGAGCGCUCACAAACCUGGUGAUCGGUGAUCCUCUCGGACGUCGCCGGACUAUUGCGUUGGGUGGAGUCAUCAUGGCCAUCGGUGCUAUUCUGCAGACGACGUCUUUCAGCUUUGCCCAGCUCAUUGUCGCUCGUAUCGUGACAGGCUUCGGUAAUGGCAUGAUCACGUCAACGGUGCCAACGUAUCAUGCUGAGUGUUCACCGGCCGCUAGCCGUGGACAGCUUAUUAUGCUGGAAGGCUGUAUGAUUGUGUUCGGUGUGACGUGGAUCGACUUUGGCUGUUACUUCAUGACGAAUUCAUCUGCGCAAUGGAGACUGCCGCUCGCACUGCAGUUGGUCUUCGAGCUGAUUAUGAUUUGCUUCAUUUGGUUUUUGCCGGAAUCACCACGAUGGCUUGUCAAGCACGGGCGCGAUGCCGAAGCGAUGGCUGUCAUCUCCGCUCUGGAGGACAAGCCCUUCUCCGAUGGCGAAGUCCAGCGCACGUUCCACGCCAUCCGUGAAGCCGUGGCGAUGGAGUUCCCCGGGUUGUCUGACAAGAAACAGUCAUCAUUCGACGUACUUAAGACACAAAUGAAAGAGCUCCUCACCAACGACCGCAGCCAAAACUUCCGCCGCGCGUCGAUUGGCAUUGUCUGUCAGAUGAUGCAGCAGCUCACGGGUAUCAAUCUUGUCACAUACUAUGCUACAAUUCUCUUCCAACGCCUUGGGCUGUCUGAUAUCAACUCACGUAUUAUUGCUUCGGCAAAUGGAACGGAGUACUUCCUUGCUUCGUGGAUCGCCUACUACUUCGUUGAGAGGGUGCACCGGCGAACACUGAUGCUCGUAGGCACCAUCGGCCAAUGCAUCACCAUGGCACUGCUCGCCAUCAUGGGGGCGAUUGACAACGGUCCGGCGAACGUCUUCAGCGCUGUGCUUCUUUUCGCGUUCAACACUUUCUUCGCCAUCGGCUGGCUGGGUAUGGGCUGGCUCUAUCCCGCGGAGCUUUCUGGACUACGCACUCGUACCGCUGCCAAUGCGCUCAGCACAGCGUCGAACUGGACCUGGAACUUCGUUGUCGUCAUGGUCGUCGGGCCAUCUUUCAACAACAUCAACUGGGGAACCUAUAUCGUUUUCGCGGUGCUGAACGCACUGAUCGUUCCUGGAGUCUACUUCUUCUUCCCUGAAACUGGUGGUCGGUCACUUGAAGACAUGGACGUAGUAUUCGCGUACGCUCAUAUCCAUAACCUGGACCCGGUCAAGGUGUCACUGCGCAAGGAUAUCCCGCCGGCGGGUACACCAGAAGCAGACGAGAUCCUAGGUGUUCACCCCGGUCUGCGCCGCCGUGCAAGUCAAGGCACUUCGGAAGACACUGACUCCUCUUCAGAGCCCAAGUCUACGUGA